CUUCAAUAUAUAGAGGUUACAGAAUAACUAACAUAGUUAACUAUAUCUUACGUAAUCAUCGGGUAAACUAACCCAUUAAGGUCCGGAACAACAAACAUCCGAUCAGUUUUGGCAUCGACCCGGAGAUUUUGGCCAACGCCGCAACAGCUCUCUGGCGCAUCCAGUCAAUCCAUGCUCACCUCACCCCUCUAAUCGACACACCCGCCAGAAUGGUCGUCCGCAUUCGCCUAGCCCGGUUCGGGAACAAACACCAGCCGUUUUAUAACAUUGUCGUCGCCCAAGCGAGAUCCGCCCGCAACUCAAAGCCCCUGGAGGUGAUCGGGACGCUGAACCCGAUCCCGCAACGCCCGACAAAUCUAUCCGACGAGGAGGCCGCGCGCGCGAGAGCAUACAAGGAGAUCUCGCUUGAUCGGUCCAGAGCAAAGUACUGGCUGGGUGUGGGCGCGCAGCCGAGUGAUUCGGUUUGGCGGUUAUUGAACUUGGCUGGCCUUGUUCAACAGAAGCAGGAAGCUCCAAAGUCAACAUGAAAACGCGAUAAUAUUAUAUUCUGGUUGCCGCGCGGAUCGGCGGAGGAUGAGCCUGUCAGUUCAUAGGGCUGUAUCCGGUUUGAUGGUUUCAUGUGGCUGGGUAUCUGGCAGCUCGCUGUGGGAAAGGCCCCAAACUAUUAUGCUCAUGCUCACUACCCCCGGCAUUUCUUUGGCGUUAUGAGAUUGGAUCAUUUGGCAUAUGGGGAUCCAAAACUGUAUUGUACAUUGCUUGUAUAUUAGGAUAUCAUGAUAAGCUGACUUGAAGUUUAACAUUACUAUUCCAUUUGAUUAACUCGGC